AUGGUAUCCGCCCUACAGCACCGCCGGCCCCGCGAUGAACGGGGCACACGCCCUGUUCGCAUUGCAAAUUGCUCUGGCGGCCAAAUGGAGCCUGGAUGGCAGAUGCGAAAACAGGCCAGUUUGGGUCCCGUCGACUUCAUCACUGGCGACUGGCUUGCGGAGAACAAUCUGGCGCAAGAACAAGCGGCCAUAGAGGCCGGGACAGGCGAAGGCUUUAAGAUCAAUGCCUGGCAGGCACUACAGCAAAGCAUGGACGUGAUUGCGGAAAAAGGCAUCAAGGUUAUCAUCGAUGGUGGUGGAUUGAACCCGCAAGCGAUGGCAGUGCGCUGUCAGGAACUCAUCGACAAACACAAUUACGAUCUGACAGUCGCAUUUGUGUCUGGUGAUAACAUUGUUGGGCAAGUCAAAAACACGCUCAAAGAGCAAGGCUCCCUGCCAACUACCUUCCAAGACAUCAACAACAACGCCCACAAAGAUUUGAACUUGACAGCUGAUGAGGUGCUUGCUUGCAAUGCCUACAUUGGAGCCCGAGGAAUCCUCAAAGGUCUCGAGAAUGGCGCGGAUCUGAUCAUUUGUGGCCGUGUCGCCGAUGCCUCGCCAGUGAUCGGGGCUGCUUGGUGGUGGUAUGGCUGGUCGGAUACCGACUACGAUCGUCUGGCGGGGGCGUUCUUGGCCGGCCAUUUGAUCGAAUGUUCUGCUUAUGUAUCAGGCUCCAACUUUUCUGGGUUCCAUCGCUUCCCUCUCGAGAGGUUCAUCGACUCGGGAUUCCCCAUUGCCGAAGUUGAGCAGGACGGAACUUGCACCAUCACGAAACACCCCGGCACAAACGGCAUGGUGACGGAAGAGACGGUGAAGUGUCAGUUCUUGUAUGAGAUCCAGGGGAACAUGUAUUUGAACAGCGAUGUCAAGGCGCUCCUGGACAAUGUGAAGGUGGAGCAAGUUGGCGAGGACCGGGUUCGGUUUUCUGGCAUUGUUGGUCGUCCGCCACCCCCCACGACCAAAUUGGCCAUCUACUACAAGGGCGGGUUCGAAUCCCAGAACCUGUCCAACGCUGCCGGCUAUGCGACACGCAAGAAGUAUGUUCUCUAUGAGAAACAGAUUCGAGCUCGCAUGGCAGAGCAAGGCCUGAGCGACGCAUUCACUGUCCUGGAUUUCCAAGUUGUCGGCUCUCCACGGCCAAAUCCAAGUUUCCAACUGGAGGCUACCACGUACUUCCGCAUUUUUGCACAGGCAUCGACCCCAGGGCCCUUGGCGGCACUGAAGCUGUUGUUAGCUGAUGAGACAAUGCAACAUUUCUCAGGUCUCCAUUGGUCGCAAGAUCUCCGAACGGCAGAUCCCAAGUCCUUUUACGUUUACUACCCUUGCAUUGUGUCCCAGGACGAAAUCGAGGAAGCCGUCCACAUCCUCGGCCCAGGUGGCAAGAUCACGAAGUCGAUCCAAUGCACCCGGCCUCCGGCGUACGAGGCUAUAGAGCAGCGUGAUUCUUACGACACAGCCAACCCAGUUCCCCUCGAGUCGUUCGGAUCGACUGUUUCGAUGCCGCUGGGCAACAUUGCUCUUGGGAGAUCUGGCGACAAGGGUUCCAACAUCAACUGCGGCUUGUUCGUGGAUCGUCCAGAGAUCUGGGAGUGGUUUAGGAGUUUCUUGACCCUGGAGAAGAUGAAGGACUUGAUUGGAAAGGAUUGGAAAGAUGAGUACCGCCUAGAGCGUGUUGAGUUCCCCAAUAUUUUUGCUGUCCAUUUCGUCAUUUACGGUAUCCUUGGUCGCGGAGUCAGCAGUUCAACCUUGUUGGAUAAUCGUGGCAAGGGAUUCACCGAUUAUAUCCGUGCUAAGCAUGUUGAGAUCCCAGAGAAAUUCCUACCGUGGACCUGGAAGGAGGAUGAGUAG